CGAUGGGACAUACCGACUUUGAUACGAGAUAUCGCAGCAAGAGGAUAAAAAAGAGGAGAAAAAGAAGAAAAAAUCUAUUAGACAUAAAGGAGGGACUAUUAUUGAUUGAUGAAACCAACAUUUGGUAUGGAAGGAACGAAGGAUUGCGGCAUGGUGAUUGAGGAUCCCCGUGAGGAGAAAAAGCGUCCAAAACUUGCGAAGUACCUGGCUGCUUCGCUCGUUGGCCUGGUAACGGUUGCCGGCAUUGUCGUGCUCUCUGUUUACAUAGGGACGAGGAUUUCUAAGGGCGCAUACGAGGGUGCUUUGCGGAAGUACUCGGAUGGGGAUGGGCGGCAGGUGGAGGAGAUGAUCACCCAGAAGCAGGACGAGGUUCUUGUUGACGUACCGAACUCCGUACACAUGGUGUACGACUAUAAACAUGGCCUUGUCUUCCGUCGUUACACGGACAUGAAUACCAAGAAACGCGGGCCUUGCUACGCCGCAUACAUUGGAGAGAUGGACCCCAAACCAGACACACAGUUUGCCGAGGAAGGACAGAUGCCAGCACCCACAGGAGAGCCGGAGAUAAAGCAACAAUGGCGGUUCACAGAUAACAAAGUACCAUCCAACUUGGCCAGCUCAACAACGUUCAGAACAUGUGCCAGGAUACAGAUAUCUUCUGGAUGGAAAAGACGGCGGACACUGGACUGGAGAAGAGAGAAGACUACGUCCUUGUUUACAUCGGGUCUGUGUACUACGAUGCCAUCUACAAUGGCGUCGCCGGCAGACUGGAAGCACGAUAUUACGACGUCUUCAACGUCAACGGUGAAUUUCAAUUCGUCUAUUAUGAACUUUGGUUCACUGCAUACUAGUAAAUACGUACCAGCCUGAUACAGGACCAGGCAACGGAUACAGUCGUAUAGAUGAUUAAGAUACUUUUGUCUAUUUAGUGUGUUUAGUUGAGAUUAAAACGACUCGUUUUCAAUUCAAAAGCCAUAUUUAUGACUGAUUUGUAAGUGUGUAAUACGCGUGCUUUGACAUUGAUAAUAUUUAUAAAAUCACUAUGUUUCAUGCUGCGUGCAGUAAUAUAAAUAUGUAGUAAACUAUUGAUGCGUAUGUACAUUUUGUUUGCCAAUUUUGGAUAUUAUAGCUAAUGUAGUUUUGAUAUAAUAAUUGCAAUAAAUGCAUUUAUAAAAUGUA